AUAUGAAAUUUUUUUAUAUUAUUUUUAUUCAAAAUUAAAAUAAAAAACUCAUUCACUUUCCCAUCUCCGAUGCUUUCUCUUGUCUCCUCCUACUACCAAUCUUUCCCCCAAGCCUUUUCUUUUCCUAAAAAAUGAAAUUCGUGCCAUGACUACGAUGAUAUAGAAGAAAAGAAGGAAGGGGUGGGGGGAGGGGAGGGGAUGGUGACCAUCAAAGAAAUGAGGAACAAGAGCAAAUAGAAGAGUCUAAUGAUCCUCCGGAUUAUUAUUUUGAAGCUAAUGAAGAUGAUGACGAGCUAUCAUAUGUAGAUUCAUAUGGCGUUAAAAGUAUUAUGUUUCGCUCGAUACUAAACUAAAAGUAAUAUGUUUUGUUUGAUAAUCACGAAGAUGUGCAAAUAGAGUUAAACAGUCAUACUUUCGCUCGAUAUGCAUAGGUCCACACAUAUGCAUCUCAAUAGAAUAAUAUUUCAUGUAAACACAAUUUUAACACCAAAUUCAUGGUAACUUUUUUAAUUUUCAUAAUAUUUUUGUAGUUCUCCCCAAUCCAGUGCAUAUACGAGGUCCAAGAUUGGUUUCGUAACCAUAGGGUGCAUAACCAUUGGAUAACUACAUUUGGAUGCUUGAUUUUAAGUGCUGUCAAAUCUAAAAGAUGAGACUAAAGUCCUUUUAUAAUUCUUCUUGUUUUUAAUGAGCUAUUAUCUUCUUUAUUUUAAGUUUCGCACAUCCCAUGUGACAAGUAACCAUAAAUUUGGACGUAGGGGGACUAAUAAACUCAUCCUACUACUUUCUAAAAUCUUCUUAAAUUAGCCAAAGAAAACAGCCGGAAGCAGCUGAAAUAUCCAAUUCCCCGCCUAUUUCAGAGCCUCCGUCUGCUGGCCAAUUAAAAAGCAACCAGAAAAGAGUGACUCGUCGAUCAGCAGCCAAGGUAAAGACGCUACUGCGGGUAGUACUGCCCCUCCCUCCCUAAACUCUCACAGAGAGAGAGAGAAGUGAACUCUUGUCAUCUAUCGUUUAACUUCCUCAACAACUCUAGUCUCCACCCUAUCUUACCUUGAAUAAAAGGGGGUCAAUAAUGUGUGCAUCCAAUUCCUGAAACACAAAAAACCCACCCACCCAGCGUCCAUCAACAAGCAGCUGGCCUUCCCAAAAGCAAAGGCCAGCUACAGCGACAUUCUCCUUCUAUGUUGUUUGUGUGAAAAGCACACUUACUAUAGCUUGCAACUCCAAAACUUUCUGAUCCAUCCUGCCUCCUCCCUUCCCUACACACUAUAUAUAGAUCUAGAGAGAGAUUAAUACGGUUCCUCGAAAUCUGCUCCCCUCUCCCGGCGGCCACUUUUCACAACUGCUUUUGCCUCCCUAACUGCACCCUGUGUUUGUGUAUCAGUGGUGGGUUUAACUUCAAACUCAUCAUCUCUGCACUCAACACUACUUCUCUCUCUCUGUGGCAUAUUAUCAAACACCUUCCCCGCACCCUCCCCUACUAGCUAGCUCCUCUCCUCCACUGAUAUCUUUCUCUUACCUUACACUAACUCCUCUGCUUUCUCUCUUUCCAGAUUAUUUGUGACUGAACUGACUGCUGCCGGGUCCGAACAAUGUUGGAGUACGAAUGGGCGGCGAACCCAUCGGCGAUGAUGCUUGAUCAGGAGGGAUCAGAGGAAGCCGCCCCGGCCCAGCCCGACUACCCGACCCGCCAGGUUUUCGAUCAUUACUCGGCCGCUGCGCAUCACCACCAGCUGCAGCUUCCUCCGCAGCCGCACUCCUCCUCCGCCUUGUUCCCCUGCAGCCAAACCACUUCCUUCUUCGACCCACGUGGUGCCACCUACCCGCCUCAUCAUCACUCCUUCCUCUCCUUAGACCAGAUCUCCUCCGCCAAUAAUAAUAACCCCUAUUUCGGCCUGGUGCCCAAGUCCGAGGAAGUAGGAGACCCGCAUCAUCUCAGCUCCAGGAUGGGCCUCAAUUUGGGCGGGCGGACCUACUUCUCCUCCGCGGAAGACGAUUUCGUGAGCCGGCUGUACCGCAGGUCGCUGGACCCGGGCGGCGGAGGUGGAGCCAGCAACCCUCCCAGGUGCCAGGCGGAGGGAUGCACCGCCGAUCUCACCCACGCCAAGCACUACCACCGCCGCCACAAAGUCUGCGAGUUCCACUCCAAGGCCUCCACGGUGGUCGCCGCCGGCCUCACCCAGCGCUUCUGUCAGCAGUGUAGCAGAUUCCAUGUUCUGACGGAGUUUGACAACGGGAAGCGGAGCUGCAGAAAGAGACUCGCUGAUCACAACCGUCGCAGGCGAAAGUCGCACCAGAACGCCGUUAACACCCUGCAGCAGAGCCAGGAGGCAGCAGCGGCACUCAAGGAAACCGGGCCCGCCGACGACUCUCCUUCUCAUAACCUCACUACUGCAAGGUCGCCGUCGGACUCCGGUGUUCAAUCUUCGUCGUCGGUGACGGUGGCUGUGUCGCCUCCCAGGAUGUUUCUGGACUGCUUCAAGCAAAGGCCGUAUCAUCAAGGCACGGCUGCCUCGUCUUCUUCUUCAGCAUCGUCAAGCUCACUCUUCUUCUUAAGUGGGUGAACUUAUCGAAGUCCACAAAAAUUAAGGACAAGUUUUAUGUCACCCCAAAGCAAGCAUCUGUAUUAAUUAUUAUUAUUAUAUUGUUGUGGAAGGCAAUUGGUUUAAUUAUGGUGAAUUAAACAUAUGCUUGCAUGCAUGCAUGCAGUUAAUCCUCCUCAAUUAGCGUUAAUUUUACUAAUCAUCUUUUAAUUAAUAAUUAUUAGCCUUUCUCACUGAUGAGUACCAAACCCCAUCUAAGAACGGGUAUUAUAUAUCAUCCCCCUCUAAGCGUUACAUUUAAAAUUUCGAUGCAACUAUCUAAUCUAGCUAAGUUUUCUUGUAUUGUAAUUUACUAUUAUUAUCUAGGGGAAGUUGAUAAGAUCCUUAUGGUUAAUUUGUUAAAAGUGUUGAAGUAAAGUGAUUCACCAUGUGCCUAUUCAAUAAUGCUUGUUCAUCUGCACGCUUUGGUUUACAGGUAGUGUGCUUAGGAUUUUGACGAUAGAUUUGAUCAUGAAAAUCUAUCUAUCAUGGACUUGAACUGAAAUUCAUUGUUUGUCUUAGAGAAUUAGGAAGAUGGAGUCUGUGAGGCCCACAGACUUUGGGGGUCCAAAUCCGUGGACUUCACGAAUUCGGAAGUUCCACCUCUUGAAGUGGGAUUUGAGUGAUGGAUUAAAAUCUAGGGCUAAUACCACUAGGAAACCCGAACUAUUAAGAAUGUGUCAUUUGUGUCAUAAAGUAUUCGACAUUACAUUUGUGUCUUAAACUAUUUUUCCGUUAGAGUUGACUGCCGUUGACCGUUAGUUGUUAACAGAAAGCCUAGUCAGCGUUGAUGUGGCAUCUGACGUGGAAUUUUAUUAUUUAUUUUUACAUAAAAAUGAAUAAACUAACAGAAAUUAUAAGAAACAAAAAUCUCUUGGUCUCCUCUCUCCUCACUCGACCCCCGCUUCUCCAGCCCUUCAUCGCGCCGCGCCGCCGUCAUUGUCGGCAAAACCUAAAGAACCUGUUCCACCAUUUCAUAUCCACGAUCCUCCUCCACUGGUCCACUGUUCAUCGCCUCCUCGCCAACCAUUUAUAUUUCAUAUCCACAAAGCUAAUCAAACAAAAUUCAUAAUCAAAUACAACAAGCAACAUGAAACAAACGACCCGUAGAGGGUUUUUACCAGGCCAAGAGCAACAUGUAAUACUAGCCAGUAGUUGAACUUGAUUCAUCGUAUUCACAAAUUGGCAUCAACAUUCAUAACGCUGUGCUAGCAGAUGGAUUAUAGUUGUUACCAUGCUAGGUAGGUUGGUAAAGGUUGAAAAUAGAGAUAGCAUUUAACG